AUUUGGUAGGAGAAAAUCAGAAAAAAUGGCGGCGAAACAGAAAAGAAAGCAGAAGGAGAAAAUACAGUAACGAAAUGGGAGACGCAGAGCGGGAAGGAGGAGAGAAGAAGAAGAGCUUCGUGAUACAGAUUCCUUCAUAUGAAGAAGUUAUGGAGAGUUCUUCUCAGUCCAAAACGACGUCGUCUCUCUUCAACCCUACCCCUUCUUUUUCUCAAGCAUUCAAAUUCGUCAAGAACUCCGAAUUCUACUCUCCGCCUCCGCCUCCACCCCCUAAUCCCCAGCCUUCUUCCUCCUCCCAAGCUGAUACGGCCAGACCGGUUAAUAGUUCAGAUGUUACUAUUUCAUCAUCAUCGUCUACGCCCUCUUCUUCAGCUAAUCGAAAUGCUAUACUUGUUAGCAAUAGACAGAAGGGAAAUCCGUUGCUAAAACAUAUCAGGAAUGUGAGGUGGACUUUUGCAGAUAUUGUUUGUGACUACUUAUUGGGCCCAAACACUUGUGCUCUUUAUUUGAGCCUCCGGUAUCAUCUGCUUCAUCCAGACUACUUGUAUUUUCGGAUUAGGGAAUUGCAGAAGAACUUUAGACUCCGCAUAAUUUUGUGCCAUGUUGAUGUUGAAGAUGUUAUCAAGCCUUUACUUGAAGUUACCAGAACUUCUCUCCUUCAUGAUUGCACUCUGUUAUGUGGUUGGAGUUUGGAAGAAUGCGGCCGGUACUUGGAGACGGUAAAGGUUUAUGAAAAUAAGCCCGCCGACCUCAUUCAGGGCCAAAUGGAUGGAGACUACCUAUCACGGCUGAAUCAUGCUCUGACGGCAAUACGACAUGUUAACAAAACAGAUGUUGUGACUCUUGGGUCAACAUUUGGGUCUCUUUCUCAUGUGAUGGAUGCAUCUAUGGAAGACCUUGCUCGUUGCCCUGGCAUAGGAGAGCGCAAGGUAAAACGCUUGUAUGACGCUUUUCAUGAACCUUUCAAGCGAGAAGUGCCAAAACGCCAAUGCAUUCCAGAAACUUCUGUCGCUAAUGAAUCUCAUCCUGGCUCCAGCAACACAAAGGAAGACGAGAAGGAAAUUGUGGAUACAAGCAACAGUGAGAAGAAAGAACCCGAAGUGACUGUCAAGUCAGCACUUUCGGCUGCUUUUGCUAAGUACUCACACAAAAUUACAAGAAAGAAGAAUAAAUCACAAGAAGAGGAAGAAGGGAAGUGCAGUACUAACGAAGAAGCUAAAACAGGAGACACGAACUGCAGCAACAACUGCUGAAUCUUGGUCUCUUCCUUUCAUGCUAAUGUUCCUAAUUUUAUAUUUUCCCCAUUUGUUUGAUUUCUCUUAGUAAAAUUCGUUAUAAAUUAACGGGAAAACUCAUAGAAGAUAAGUAGUGAACAAAUAUUCAGAAGAUGUUUGGGCAUGAUUUAGUUGAGGUUUUUUUUAAAAAGUAGUGUUUGAAAGUUGACAUUGUGUUUGAACAUGAAAAUAUAAUUGGAGCAGUGAAAAU